CGUCUCGUGGGGCCCUGGUAAUAACAGCUUUGUGGUGUGGGAUUCGGCCGAGUUCGCGAGAGACUUGCUGCCGAAGUACUUCAAGCACAAUAACUUCUCCAGUUUUGUGCGCCAGCUCAACACUUAUUAAGAACUUGUGAAGUUGCACGACAACUUCAACUGAAGAAGACAUGAAGUUAAAUUUAGAAGGAGAAAUGAAAGAUAAGUUGUUCAUCUUCGUGCUCAAUUAUUCCCUUCAAUAUGAAAGCAUUCAUCAAUCUAUCAACAGACUAUUGGAAUGUUAGGAUAUGAUUGAACAAUGAAAGAUCUUUACUUACGACCGGAUUCCACGAUUGAUGAAGAGAAGGCUUAAACUUCUGCAUAAGCUUUUCUUUCAUUUCCAGCCAGCUUAUUAAUGAAUGGAAUUGUGACAAUUACAUGUCUUUAUCAAUGUGAUACGAAUAUGAUUGCGAUUUUAUGUUGAAUCACUUGAUCUAAAAACUUAAGGUUAUAUAUUGUCACAUGUAUAUCAUUUAAUUUAUUUAUUUUUUCAAUAUGCCCCCGUACAUGUAGGCGGGUUACAUUUUCCCAACAAAGCCUAGCUUGUAUAGAAUUCACAAUGGAUGGUAGUGAGACUUGAAUCCAAGGACAUUUACCUGCUUUGGUAUCGUGUUUAACUAAUUGAUCUAAAAGUUUAAGUUGUUAGAUAAGGACACGCGUAUCUCAUUUAAAUAUUGUAUUCAACAAUUUUCUAACAAAUUUCAACUUUGGUUCUCGAACUAAUUAAGCCAAUUUGGGAACACCAUUAGCUACUGCUCCUGUCAAAUAUGUAAAUUCCACUAUCUUCCAAUACGUAUGAAGGAGUUAGGAUCUUUAAGCUCUGAAACUUUCCUUUCUCAAUCAAAUUUAAACCUGAAGCUUUUACACAUCCUUUUCUUGUCAUAUAAUGUUUUUCCCACAUCCUUUACUUAUCAUAUAAAAACCAUUUGUCUUUCUUAAUGUUUUAGGCUCAAAAAUUAACUUUUUAUACUUGGAUUUUAUUUAAUGUUUCUUUUGAAGGUUAAGUGAUUGCAGAGGUCCUGUGUCUAUUGCUAAAGUUGUACGAAUCUCAAGAAGAAACCAAAUUAUUGUCUGUUUUCUGAUAUUAUGAAACUCAGAAGAAAAAACUUGUGAUUGUGAUUUUCAAUUAUGAAAGUUAAAUGAUCACUUGUUGAUACAAGAAGUUACCUCCUUACAAUUGGAAGAAGUUGCUGUUUCCAUAUCAGAUAUUCUCAAUAAAUCCUCACUACGUAAAAGAAGAGGUUCACGGAAUGAUGGAAUGCGCUAACAUAUGUCACCGUGAAAAAUUGGUAUUGGUGUCCGAACUUGUGCAAAAGAGAAUUCUUAAAAAGUGACGUAUGGUAGUAGUUACAUUUUAAUUCUACCAGCUGAAAGGAACCAAAGACAAGAUUUGGCGGGGUGUUAGUAGAUUGAAGUACAAUGGAAGUUGGGAAGUUAAAUCAGCAAAUCUUCACUUAUCCAUAACCAUUGAUUUUGUGGAAGCUCCAUGUAGGAUGCAAUUGGUGCUUGUUUAGUGCUACACUAUCUCAUUGCUGAAUGCACUGUUAGCAUUUAUGUAAGUUAUAAAAGGUGGCUGAACAAUUUUAUGUUGCUCACUGCUUUACUAUGCAUAAGCUAAGGUGAAGAAUUGAUCGGUUUAAAUGUGUAUAAAAUUUGUUACGGUUGGAAAUGAACUUUGUACCUUUUGAUACAUCAAAUUGAAUAUUAUUGAUUCAAUUCAUAUGCAAUAAAAGUCUGUCAAUUAUUGCUACCAGAGUUUGCUUUUUUUUCCAGUUCAGUUUCUUUCUGUGUUAGUUUCUAUUUGUGUUUGAGAUAAGAUGCCACAUGAUGGUAUUCUUUCGACAAUUACACUACACUAUUAUCAUUGGGUCGUUGUGGUCAAACAGGGUUUUAGGAAGAUUGAUCCAGACCGCUGGGAAUUUGCAAAUGAGGGUUUCUUAAGAGGUCAAAAGCAUCUGCUUAAAAAUAUUAGUCGGCGGAAACCUGUGCAUGGUCACAAUCAGCAACAGCAGCAACCACAUGGACAGAAUUCUUCAGUUGGAGCAUGUGUUGAGGUGGGGAAAUUUGGGCUUGAAGAGGAGGUUGAGAGGCUUAAGAGGGACAAAAAUGUGCUAAUGCAAGAACUUGUCAGGUUAAGGCAGCAGCAACAAUCUACUGACAAUCAGUUGCAAGCAACGGUUCAGCGUCUUCAGGGUAUGGAACAGCGGCAACAACAGAUGAUGUCUUUCCUAGCAAAGGCUGUCAACAGCCCUGGAUUUCUGGCACAGUUUAUGCAGCAGCAAAAUGAUAGCAACAGACGCAUAACAGAAGGCAACAAAAAACGGAGACUGAAGCAGGAUGGCGUUUCGGAUGAGGAUUCUGUUGGCUCCUCUGACGGUCAGAUUAUUAAAUACCAACCCUCGAUGAAUGAGGCAGCAAAAGCAAUGCUCAGGCAAAUCAUAAAACUGGAUUCUUCUCCUAGGUUAGGCGAUGGUUCAUUGCCAUCUAAUGCCAUCUUAGGCGAUGGUGGCAGUUCUUCCAACGGUGUUUUGGGAGUGACUCUUCAAGAGGUGCCCCCUACUUCUGGACACUCGUCCAUUCCAGUUACGGGUCUUAGUCCUCCUGCCGCAAUUUCUGAGAUUCAACCAUCCUCCCUGGGUGCAACUUCUGAAAUCGCAACCGCUCAAUUUCUGGAUGUAAGCCAACUGGUUGGAGCUCCAGAAGUUCCCCCUGUUACAUUUCCGCCAACAGAUGCUAUAAUGCCUGAGCUCUCACAAAUUGUGCAAGAAAGUGAUGUCGAUGUCAUGGCAUCUGAAACAGGGAGUGGUGCUUUGAUGGAUCCAACCUCAUUGGGACUGGAUGACAAAAUUCUGUUAGAAAUUGGCGUCUUUUCUCCUGAUUCUCAGAUGGCGUGGGAUAACUCCAUGUUGGAUGAUAUACCAGAGCUUCCUGGAGUGAGUGAUUCCUUUUGGGAAAAGUUUCUUCAAAGCCCACCUCCAGCUGACACUGAGGAGAUGGACUCAACCUUAACUAACGAACUCCCCGAGGAAAAAGAAACAAAGCCAUUGGAGAACGGUUGGACCAAAUCUCAGCACGUGGAGCAGCUCACGGAGCAGAUGGGACAUCUUUCAUCAGAUACCAAGAAAGAUUGAUAUAUUUAACAAAUAUACUUCUUAAUAUCUAAAACUAAGGUAAGUUCAAAAAAUGACCUUCCUAUUGACGUUUGCUUUUUUUGGGCAGACACUGAAUGUGCGGUAACCUGUUUUUACUUCUUUUAUGAAAUUCAAAUGCGAACUUUCAUUACCAGUCUUUACUUUUGAUCUCGUUUUUUCA